AUGGUAAUUGCGAUUUUCGCGGUCCUCGAGGCUGGCUGGCAGUACAUUCCCCUAGAUGUACAGGUAAUGGCCGAGACCGUACUCCGCCGUAUCACGAAGGAUACUCAAGCCCCGUUUGUCCUAUACUUUGAAAUAUUUCAUAUGAAAGUCGGACAGCUUGCCGAGCCUACAGCCCAGAUUUUAGUCCUGGACGACUCCACAAUGGCUCUCCUGUUGAGAGCAGCUUUUCAAACCAAGAGUCUAGGCAGCAGAGGACCUCCCAAUGGUGUUCUCACGGAAAUGCCGAUAGGAAAUACUUGGAACGCUGGUCAAUGGAAUUGUACGCCCCGUGCCACCUUGAUGCUUGGAGCCUCGCUAGAGCACACUUUCCAGCGCGCGCAGGACAGAAUGGUCCAAUAA